UCCUCUCGCCUGUGUCCGACGCGGCGACUCCGCUUCCGCGAAUCGCGUUUCCCUCGUGCGUCUUCCUCGCGUGUUCCCGAGAUCCGACUGUGAAAUCCGUGGAGUGUCCGAUUCCGCCGAUGGUGGUUUUGAGGUUAUGAGUUUGACGUGAACAGCGCGUGUCAUGAGCUGAAGUUGGUGUUUUUAGCGAUAUUCCUCGAGUUUGUUUUGUAAUUCGUCCCCCGAGUUCAGUGGUUCAGUGGUUUUGUUUGUAUUCUUGUGAUUUUGGAUACUUCGGCUCUUGGCGUUCUCGAAAUUAGAUGUAAGGGGCGCCCUCGGGUCAGAGUGGUUGUCGGGGAAAGGGGAGUGGUCUUGGGUGGAGCGUCGCGUGGUGUCGGCGUGGCGCCUGGCGUCGUCGCGGUGGGCGCUACGAUGCUGAAAGCGCUGAGCAGCCUCGCGGAGAAAGUGUCGCCCAACACGACGGACAGCAACGCCAACAAGUUGGGCUCCAUCAGCGCCAACAGCUACAGCUACAGUCACAACAGCCACCCGCACCCGCACCCCUACAACAACCACAACGGCAACGGCCACAGCACCCUCAACGGCAACAGCCUGGCGCACCGCCAGAGCCCCCGCCCCCAGGCCCCCCUCGCACCUCUAGCCCCCCUCGCUAUCACCAAUGGCAACUCCGAACACAAUAACAAGAUGAAAGGGAGCCCGGAGGACAAACCAGACCCGGACUACAUAAAAAUGUUCGUUGGUCAGAUCCCCCACUCGAUGGACGAGGAGGAUCUGACCAAAAUGUUCUCAGAAUUCGGCCGGGUCCAUCAAAUCAACGUUCACAGAGACAAAACCACUGGCCAAAGCAAAGGGUGUUGUUUUGUGACGUUUUAUACGCGGAAAGCGGCGCUGGCGGCGCAAAAUGCCCUUCACAAUAUCAAAACUAUGGCAGGGAUGCACCAUCCGAUCCAAAUGAAACCGGCGGAUACGGAAAAUAGAGUCGAACGCAAGCUAUUUGUGGGGAUGCUCUCGAAGAAAUGCACAGAGAGUGACGUCAGACUCAUGUUCGGCGGCUUCGGCACCAUCGAGGAGUGCACCGUUCUCAGAGACCAGAACGAUCAAAGCAAAGGCUGUGCAUUCGUGACGUUCACAUCGAAACAGUGCGCUUUGAACGCGAUCAAGGCGAUGCACCAAUCGCAAACGAUGGAAGGUUGCUCCUCUCCGCUGGUGGUGAAAUUCGCGGACACUCAGAAAGAGAAGGAUCAGAAGAAGAUGCAGCAGAUGCAGGCCAACAUUUGGAGUAGUCUGGCCAGCGUCAACAUCUCGCCUCAGUCAUAUUUUACGGCGGCUGCUCUUAGCAAUCAAAUUACCAAUGACUGUAACAUGCCGCUGGGAGCUCAAACUGAAAACUGGAACAUGAUGAAUGAUACUCACACAACGUGCCUUACGCCUCUUCAAAUCUUACAGCAGCAGCUGCAAGCCACAAAUACCCAACCUCGUAGCAGUUUGUACAAUACCUCGGCUACCGGUUUCCAAAAUGUAGCACCUCUUAGUACUAGUCCAACUUUAGCUGAUAUUAGCUCUGCAAACCUAACAAAUUUAGCGACCUUAGCCAAUCUUUCCGUUGCCAAUGCAGCGGUGAAUCCUAUAAAUGUACAGAACCUUAUGACUUUAGCCGCGAUGAGUGGAACCCAAAUAUCACCAACAGGGUCGAGUACAUCUAGUCUCAGUAAUUCAGCUCUGUCUGGCCUGUCAAAUUCUACCGCAGCUGCCCUUCUGAGUAAAGCAACUUCAGCUUCGGCUCUGCAACAUCCGGUUAUGAGUCAGUCAUACAGAGCCCCUGCCUAUCUUCCCACAGAUUGCGGUUAUGAUCUCCAGCCGGUUUCGACUCCAGCUGCAUCGUUAGGAGGUCUCACUUCGCCUCUCAAUGGUCUAGCUGCUUCUAGUCUUGCUAUCCCUGAUGCCAUAUCCCAUUUCAAAUACGGGACAGCAUCAAACCCUGCCGGUAAGAAAGUCGAGGGGCCAGAGGGCGCCAACCUUUUCGUGUACUACCUACCUCAAGAGUUCACGGAUGCGGACUUAGCACAAAUCUUCAUGCCUUUCGGAACCGUUAUUUCGGCCAAAGUAUUCAUCAACAAAGAUACUAACCAAUCCAAGUGUUUUGGAUUUGUUUCGUAUGACAACGUCGCGAGUGCUAAGGCUGCCAUACAAAGUAUGAAUGGUUUUCAGAUAGGUACUAGGCGCCUUAAAGUCCAGCAUAAGCAACAUAAGCGUGCCACUAAACCUUACUAACCAAACUUGUGCAGUUCAAAUAGUUUAAUUGUUUAUUUGCGGUUAUCACCCAAAUCGAAGAAUAGAUUUAUUUACUUUUUUUUAAUUUCUUUCCUACUCUUGUAUCAGUUCUCUUCUCUGCUCUGUUGUGAACGGCAGCAUUCUUUAUUUUUUCUGUUCUUCAGACCACACCUUUCUCCUCUAUACUUGAAGUGACAGUAGAGAAGUUUUCUCCGGUUUGGGAUUUUGUUGUGAAGAGUACAUUGAACAGACCCAUACUGUUGCGUCUCACAUUACCUGUUUAAUAAAUAAAAAUGUGAGUGAAAUGAAUCUUCUUAUGCCAAGUUUUGUCACCAGCAUCAGCCAAAUCAACAUAUUCUGGAAAUCUGCAAGAGCUUCAUUGAAUUACCUUAAAAAAUUAUGAGAUUUGAACAACAUGAUAUUUCCUCCAGAGAUGGCCUUAGUGAAAUCUGUCCCUGCCAAAUCCAUAGCUUUUACCGUGAAAUGAUGCAGUGCUUGCAGAAAGAAAGAUUUUCCAGCCUCCGGACAGUAUGUCUGUAUUGCAAGCAUGACUGUUUACCUGUGGACCAAAGGGACAAGAAAAUAUCAAGUAGACGAUAAGUUAAUUGUUCAAGUUUUGAUGAGUUCCCUCAUAAAAUUUUGAACAUUGUAGGAUGAACUUCCUCCUCUAUCUUUUUACACCUUAAGAAGAAGUUCUAAGGCUGUCCCGUUUUUAAUGAAUGAAUUAUGCCUUUCAAAGUUUACUAAUCGCAAGCUUUCAAGUGGGCUUGCUUUCCUAUUAAAGAAGGCAAUGUUCCCAUGUAGAGUAGGGAACAUUUACUCAAUGUAGAGUAGUAAUCUUGAAUAAAAGAUGUGAGAGUAUCGGUCUGUUCUAUAAACUCAUCACCAUGAAAUCUUACAACAAUAAUCCCGUAUCAUGAAGAAAAGUUGUAUCAAUUCCCUCUGUUCCCUUCCUUUUCAUUUUACAUGUUGUUAACUUUUAAUCACUGUUCAAGUAUUUGCUUUGUUAUCAUUUACGUAAUGACUUCUUGUAUACCCUCAAGGGAUAAUUUGUUUUACUGUGCCUACUCUUUUCGCGUUUGGCAGACGAAUCAGUUUUUCAAGAUUAUUUUCUUUCAAUGACUAUUAGCCCGUCUAUUUUAACGUUAAUAAUUUCGCCUGACUCUAGUGAAAGCUGUAUUAUUUACUGUCUGUGAAGAAAUUUCUGCUGUGAAUUCUGCAGUCAAUAGUAGUUUUUUUAUGUUUAUACAAGAUUACAUAUAUGUUUUUGCUUAACAUAUGCUGUAAAAUAUUCAGACAAUGAAAAAUCUUGUUCAGUCGACUAAUUCCAGCGAAGCAUUCUCGAAAAGAUUUGGUUUCGGAAUUUUUGUGGAGCAGUACAAAUGUCUCUAAGUAGUCAAGUAUCUUGCUAUUAUUAUUUGUGAUUGUUCCUCUUUAAAAAAAGAAGAAAAAAAAAUGUAUCCUCUUUUUUAAUGCAGGACUUAGAGCUGAUUGGCUUACUUUUUUCUUUUGUUUAAUUCUUGUAGUAUCCCUUUCUGUAGAAGUUUCAGAGCAUCUUGCGCUACAUCUUCUUUUGAAAAGCUUUCUCUAAUUUGCUCUUCAGUCUUGGUUUUUAUGUUGGUCCCUGUCCCUGUCUCAUGUUCUCAUCUUAUCAGCAAAAUUUUAUGCAGAGCCAGUUGGCUACUCACAAGGAGUUUUUAUGAAAGAAUUUUGUUAGUUUUUGAUGAGAUAUUUUCAAGAUGGAUUUCUAAUUUAUGAAUUCUUUGAGCUUUAUGCAACUCUAAUCACUAUUGUACAGAGAAUGGGUUUUCUUUCAUUUUAUUGUCUUUUCCCCCUCUCUUUUUUCUUAUCCAGGUGUUUUUGUUUGUUUAAUUGUUUCAAGAAAAGGAAGUUGAAAAUACUUGUAUGCAGAGAAUUUUUUAUCUUGUGGAUCUAAAGUAUAAAAUCGUCUAGAACAGAGUUUAAAUUACCUGCUCAUUCUAUUUUCCUCUUCAUUUUUCUUCUAGUUUACUCUCUUAUCCUGCUAACUCACCAGAAAAAAAGCAUAUUUUAACAUAACUCUCAUCCCUUCACCCACCCCAAAAAAAGUUGAAGAGAGCUUAAACAUGUUAUCUUUGGGAGCAGGAAUUUGUUUUCUUUGUUUGUUUUAUAACACUUUUGAAAAACGAUUGAACCUCUGAAGCAAGACAUUUUCAAGUAUCAAAAGAUUCGGUUCUUUCUUUUUGUCAGAAAAUAUUGGGGCUGAAAUCUGAAAAUAUCUGUCCAUUUGAAAAUAAUCUCAUCAACAUUCUCAUAAUAUUAAUCUCUCAAUGAAAUGAUAGUCCAUCAUGAUUUGUAUAUCUCCUCCCCUAGACUCUGCUUAAUUUCCUUUCUAUGUGUGCGGGUACCUAAUUGUAUUCCUGCGUGUUUUGUCUUCUUGCUGAAGGAGAUUUGAAAAGUGACAAUUUUCUCUGUGAUAUUCUCCAAAAACCUUCUUUUGCAGUGUCCCCAAAAUUGCUCCAAAUUUUUUCAUGUAGAACAGACCAAUCAGAGAUGAAUCUACCCUGUCAAUCAUUCACAGAAAAAUCACCAACUUGGGGACAUGAUACGCAAUUGAUAACUCAGAAAACACUGCGGUUGUUUCUGUCGUUUUAGUCUCAGCAUUUUAUUAUAUUAUCAUCAACUUGCCUUACCAUAAAUAAAAAAAGGGACUAACAAUAAGAGUCAUGGAAUUCAAAGGACUUUGAUGAGGAAUUACAAGAAAGUUAUUCAGCAAAACCGUAUAAUUAAGCACUUUAUUCAUUUCUGUUUUCUUCGUUUUUUUUUAUGAGAGGGUAUAUUUUUUACCUGCUGUGACUUGAGGGUGAAGUUGGAGCUUAGAAAAUUUUUAUUUCAAACUAUGUAUUUAUUACCUUUAAUUGCCUCAUUCGUUGAGGUUUGCCCUGUCUGUUCAUUAGCAGAAUAUUUUUUCAUGUUUGAUGUCGGAAGCUUUAAGUACCUCCUGUUUUUGUACAUAUACAGUAGGUAUACCUUUCUUGUCUCAGUACUUGUAGGUGUUAUGUUACUUUAUUGUAAAUUAUAUUUUAUUGUAGUCAUAUUUUUAUGUUAUAUGUAUUGUUUCGGGUGUUUCACUUGCUAGCUGUUUUAGUGAGUUGUGAUGAAAUUAUUUUAAUUACCAAGUCUGAAAGGGGGAGGAAGAUUUGGUCUCAUCCCGAAAUCCUGCUUUAGGAAAAUUUUCUGUUAGAGAUUUCUGAUUCUUUCAACAUUUUAAAGGCUUAGUUAUGAUGUAAGUCUGCACUGAAAAAUCUGUAUCAUUUGGGAUUUAAAAUUGAGGUAGAAAACUUGCGUAUUUUUCUAUAUUGAAGCGCCUUGAGUAAGCAUAAUAGUAAAAUAGUUGUGCUAGUCAGAGAAUUGUAUUUUGAUGGUUGAAAUUUUUAGAUUAGUUAAAAAGUCAAGAUCGGCUCCAACUCUCAGGCUCUUUUUUUUUUUCAGUAUUACUGGAGAUAUUGUCCUUUAAAAGCCGUGAUUGAUGACAUCAUCAGAAGUACCUUUAGCAGAGAGAUGUCUAAGUCAAUAUUGGUUGUAGACUUUCAGACCUAUCUUAUUAUUUUGUGCCGUCCAAAAAUUCAAUCAUCAAAGUACAAUUGCGUGACUACAGCAAACAACCCACUCUCCAGAAGUUCUAAAAUGAAAACCAGGUGCUCUUAUUUAAAGUGUACUGUUUGCAUAAAAUAGCAUCUGUAAAUCUAUUCAAGAGUCACAAUGUUUCAUUUUAUGACCCUUUAAACCCCGGGUCUCAUAUCUUUUCGGAUGCGUUCACAUAUUUUCUUAGCAAUGUUCAAGCUGUGAGUUUUCUCAGUUGAGUUACAUUUGUUGCAAGGCAAAGUUUGAAGGUUAACAAACAAAGAACUGAAACCACCCAAAAAGGUGGUUUAAAACAUUUUAAACCCCAAAUGAUUUCUAAAAUUUAGGUAAUUUUUUGUCAAUGGCAAAACUCUAUUCUAUGUACAUAAAUUUCUAAUCCUAAUGCCUCAGAUUUGUUCAAAGGUAAAGUUAAACAUUUUGAGAUCUCUAACAAGUGGUGUUCAUGUCAUGACGAUUACCAAAAUUCAACCGGGAGUCAAUUUUAAACCUCAACGUUGCCUCCUUCUUUCUGGCCUUUACGACUGAUCUUUACCCGGGCCAGUCAGUAUUUGUUUUUAUUAUUCUUAUUAUUAAUCAAGAAAAUGUUUUUUGCUAGUUUCUCCUCCUUUCUUGUCAUGAAUGAAUACUUCAUUACCCCACCGCAAAUCUUGCUUUCUUUAAUCAUAUUGACUCAAUCCUUUAUCAAUCGACUAUAAAUCCUUUUUUUCCAAAUUUAAAUCUUAUUCUUUCUGCCAUGAUUAACAUCCUAUCAAUCGCUUUUGUUACCUGAGUCUUUUGAAUCAUCCUUUGGAAUGUGGUAUAUAUUCCAAUUUUUUUGUGUGUCAACUAUUUGCUGUGGAUGAUGUUGCUUUUUUUCUCAGCAUAAUUUAAUAUAUCAGGUAUCAUAAGGUUCUGAUACAAUUACAUCCCAACGAAUGUUUCUACGUCAGUGUUAAUGAAGUCAAUUUAAAGAAUGUUUAGUAUUAUUUUCUUUUUUUUUAUUUAAUUUUCGUACAUACCCUUUAGUUUUGUAUUAUGCUAUCUAAUGAUUCUCUUUUGAGGCAAAAUUAAGAAGAAAAAAAUAUUAGGUUAAUGUACGAAGAUUCUUCAUCUUUUCAAAUGGUUAAUAUUUCAUUUUCUAUUAUUUUCUGUACUUAAUUUUUGUCUCAAUUUUGCAUAGUUCUUGAUUUGAGUACUUCAUUUACCAAUUUAUCUAUCUCAAUUAUUUAUCUACCAAAUUCUUGAUUACCUAUUUUUUGUUGAUUGUUCACUUAAAAUAGAUUUAUAGCUCUUUGUUAUCAUUAUUUUUAUGACUUUCGAAAUUCUAUAAAAUAUAUUAAUUUUUUUCCUCUUGUUUUUCGUAAAUUAAGCAGUGGGACUUGGUAUCAGAGUAGUGCAAAGCUGUAAAAUUCCAACUUUUUGAAAGCCCUCAUUCUGUAUAGAAAUAGUCAUUCAACUUUCAUGAUUUAUGUAUGAUGCUUUUUUAAUUAUUUAGGGUUAUAACGUUUUCUAAGAAAAUUUUCCUCGACAAUUAAGGAGGAAAGUAAAAUAGAUAUCAAGCACUUCUCUAUUUGUCUACUCAUGAAGAUGGAGCAUUGUGGAUGUGCUUAGCACUUGUCACUCGAGGAUUUACUCAUUUUACUGCUUUAUGCGAAGUGUUUUUAUGUUUCUUCAUACAUCCGUAAUUUCUCUCUAUAACUUGUGCCUGCCAAUUGUGGCGUGCACACCCACCAGUGGCCUAGCUGCCUUCACUUGAAUUGUAAUUGAAAGGCAGCAACAUGUGAAAUCCGUUAAAGUCCAUUUUUCAAGUUUUCAGUUUUUUUGUAAUAUGUAGUAAUACUUUUCAAUAGUCAAAUGCAAUCAUGAAAAAGAUGUGUGGACUUGUUUUGGGAUCAAAGUUAUCCUAGAACGAGUCUGUACCUCACUUUCAUGGUUGAAUCUCUAUUUGAGAAGUGUCAACAAUCCAAACAGUUACCCUGAAGACUGAAGAAAUGGACAUGAGUGAUUAUUGCAUGACUUGAUGCAACCAUAAAGAAUUUUUGAAACCAUUAAUAUUGCUUUAUCAGAAAUUUACAAAAUUUUCUCCCCAUUUUCCGAAGAACAGUAGGUUGAAUAAGAGAGAAAACAUGAUUGCAACUGUAAGUACAUAAAUUUUGAUCAUCAAACCAUUUUCAGUCUGUAAAACUAAAGACUGCUACGUUAAAUGUAAUGUAGGUUUUAUUUUUUAAUGCAUUUAAUAUUUAGAGCCCUCCCGCAAACAAACAAAAAUACGAGUAAAUUUUGACUGCAGUGCACUAAGUACUUACUGAUAACUAUUUUUUUUUUUUUGGACCAAAACAGCACUGCUAACUUGAUGCCAUUACCAAUACGGUUAGUUUAUCGAUGUUACCCUGAAUUCAUGUGAAAUAGGAGAGGUGACAUAUUUUAAUGGAAAGCUCACCAAAAAUCCUCCUAGUAUGAAUUUGCGUCAAAAAUAUUUAAAACUUGUGCUUCAUUGAUAAGUUACAAUCUUUAAAAUUGAUUUGAUUGGAAACUUAACAUUUUUUUUCCUCUCACGAUUUUUUAAAUUUGAAUCAAAUUAAGCCGUCAAAUAGUAAGGGCAUAAGGUGUAAGCAUUAGUAUCGUGUCCAAGGGCCUUUCAAAAAUGCGCUGUAAAAAAUAUGCCCUCUUCAAUUAGAAUUCUUUCCUAUGCCAGUGUAAAUUCUGUUACCAAGAGAAGUCAAUGACUUGAUGGUUGAGCCUUAGCAGUUACCAACAAGCUGAAUAUAGUCCUCUUAAAAUUGUGUCAUGGAAAUAUAUCUUCUGUCAAAAAUUUCUGAUAACUGAAAUUAAAUCUGCUAAUCUAUCGACCAUUUUUCGAAUCAUCAUACACAAUAAUAUUUUACUAACCAUAAUUUAGCCCCUAUUUCACUGUUUCCUUUCACGUAUAUUUGACUUUCUGAGAAGUAUUUUCUUUAGUUCGCCUAUUUAGUUCUCAUAAUUUGCCUUUUUCUGCUUUAUUUUCUUCUCAUGGAGUUGUUUUCUCGAGAACAUCUUUUUACAAAGCCAUUUUUCAUUCUCUGCACUUUGAUUGCAGAGCUCUUGUUUGAAGCAUUUUCCAUAAGUUUUUCUAUUGAAGUCAGUUGUAUUUAAUUAAGUUAAUAAGCUUCUUAAUUUUUAUUCAAUUCAGCUUACGUUAAAGGGAUCAAUUUUUCCAAGUUAAGAUUAAGUUUUAAGUGUUGAAAUUUGUGUUUUUUAGAUUCUGAUCACGAAACACGUCUUUUUUAACAAACUGAAUUUGUACCUCUGUCUACGAUACCCUGAAUAGCUUUUCUUUUUUAAUGAGCAACAUAACUGAUCGUCAAUGUUGGUAUUAUUGUUUAUAUCUUGGUGACAUUGUAAAAAAAAAAGAAGAAAAACGUAAGUGUCGAUAAAAUUUGUGUAAUUUCUAUGGAAAUGUAGUCUAUACUAUUUUCUCUUUCGAAAUAUAUCUUAUUUUUUCUA